AUGUCCCGUAAACGUAUUUUGCAUUGUAUUUCUGUUUUUUGUUGUUUGUGUGGUCUUUUCAAUGGAAGGUUUGCGUCCCCGUUCAAAUGCAGGUGCUCUCCAAAGUCCAUUCAAACCCGGCGGAGCGUCUUACGACACGUCCGCACUACUCGUAGCUCACAAGUAGUCGAGUGGCGUUUGCUUUUCACACAAUGUUGUGGGGCGCACCCGUUGCCGGGUGGCCCUAUAAAGCCGCACGGGCCGGGGUUUUUUUUCUCCACCCCCAGGAGACCGCCGACGUUGCACGGCGCCACGAUGCUGACUUCCAUCCAGCUGAUCACUUCUUUGCUUCUCUGGACGAGCAGCGGCGAGAAAAUUUUCCACCAUCGCGAUCACUCCGAUUUGCAGAUGCUUGGCGCCCAGCGAGCUCAGACCAUAACGGACGAGUACAGCGCCGAGUUAUUCCUUGCCAGAUACGGCUUCAUGAACGCAGUGAGAUGGGAGAAGAUGCGGGACCAGGACGGGGAUCUGGACUACGACGACGGCUUUUUCGACGAUCUCCCAGCCGGCAUCCAGGAGGGGACUUCAGGGCCUGGUUCCAGGGAUCUUCCUCCUCCAGACGGAGAUAGCCAAGCAUUUAUGGCGGCACUUCAAGACUUCCAGAGGCUAUCCGGCCUGCCGGUGACGGGCGCGUUUGACGACGCGACAAGAGAGGCCAUGAACAAGCCGAGGUGCGGCGUCCCUGACAAGGAAAUGGAUCCGGGGCCAGAGGAAGCGAUCAGUCCUGAAUCUGACCUUGACGAAAAUCUGGCCUUGGGUGUUGAAAACGCCACCAGUUUUGACUCUUUUAAUAUGACUGAUAGCAGCUACGUAAUAAGUGACACACAGUCUGGUGCUGCUAAUGACUCUGAAAUAGCGUUAACGAAGGUUAAUGGCACAGAGGGUGCCCUCUCUCACACUAACAAGACUGAUUUCGGACCAGAAUUCAGGGCAAAAAACUCCUCCACGGAUGGCAGUUCAGCGAAAAUGCGCCCGAGCCCAGCAGUGGUGCGCAAGAAACGCCACCUGGCCGCCUUGGUGUCCCAGCGCAGGCGCAGGAGGGACCUUGGCGAGGCGGGACGCGUGGCCUUCAGCAAGAGCUUCCUGAAAUGGCGGCUGAUGGGCGAAGGCUACAGCAGUCAGCUGUCCGUUGAGGAGCAACGCUACAUUUUCAGGCUGGCCUUCAGGAUGUGGAGCGAGGUGUCGCCGCUCCAAUUCGUGGAGGACAACCUUUCGCCGCUGGAGGAUAUCGACAUCCGACUGGGUUUUGGCACAGGAAGACAUCUUGGUUGCGACCAAAGGUUUGACGGAAGCGGUCAAGAGUUUGCUCACGCCUGGUUCCUGGGCGACAUCCACUUUGACGAUGAUGAACAUUUCACUACCCCCAACUCCGGCAGUGGGAUUAGCCUCCUUAAGGUGGCGGUUCACGAGAUCGGCCAUGUUUUAGGGCUGCCCCACAUCUACAGACCUGGCUCCAUCAUGCAGCCCAGCUACCUGCCCCACGAGCCCACUUUUGAGAUGGACUGGAUGGACAGGAAAGCCAUACAGAACCUCUACGGGGGUUGCCAGGGCCGCUUCAGCACUGUAUUCGACUGGGUCCGACGGGAGAAGACCCCCUACGGCAAAGCGGUGGUCCGCUUCAACACCUACUUCAUGAGGGAGGGCUGGUACUGGCUGUACGAGAACCGCAACAACCGCACCCGCUACGGCGACCCGGUGCCGCUGCAGGUCGGCUGGCGGGGGCUCCCCGCCGACGGAGUGGACGCUUACGUGCACGUUUGGACCCGCAAACUAGAUGCCGUUUACUUCUUCAAAGGUACUCAGUUCUGGAAGUAUGACCGUGAAAACGACAAGGUCUUCGCACGGGACCCAGAGGGCCACCGAUAUCCCAGGAAGAUUUCGGAGGGUUUCCCAGGAAUGUUCGGUCCGAUUGACACGGCCUUCUACGACCGAAGGGAUUCUCGCAUUUACUUCUUCAAAAACAUUCGUGUGUACGCCUUCAGCGUGGAGUCCAACGGCAUGGCUCCGGGUUUUCCCAAACCCAUCCGAGACGUAUUCCCGCCGACGUCCGGCGCGGACCACCCGGGCGGCAACAUCGACGCCGCCUACUUCUCGUACGCGCACAACGCCGUCUUCCUCUUUAAGGACCGGCGCUUCUGGCAGGUGGCGAGCGGCCGCGAGCGCCGCCGCCGCCCCUUCCUGCCGCGCAACGGCCUCCUCCCGCCAGAGGAAGUGGAGCGGCGCUGGUUCGACAUCUGCGACGUCCACCCCACCGCGCUCACGCUGACCAGAUGAAGACGGACCUGGAUGUGAAAAGCACCUUAUGUACCCCCUCAAGAUGAGUCCUUUGCCAACUUCCGCCCUAUUCAAUGUAACCCGAAAGUAUUUGUAGCGCUUUGCUUUUUCCGCAUUUUAUAUUAAUGCCUUAUUUAAAAAAAAAAAAAAAAAAAAAAAAUGUUACACAUAACACCCUAAAAUGACAAGAUGGAAACUGAACUGAUUCUACCACAGGUGGACUCCAAUAAAGCUGUGGAAAGAUCUCAAGGAUCUUCAUCUUUUCCUUUCGGCUUGUCCCGAUUCGGCGUGUCAUCUUUUUCCAUCUAAGCCUAUCUUGCGCAUCUUCCUCUCUAACACCGAACUGUCCUCACGUCCUCCCUCACCAUAUCCAUCAUCCUUUUCUUUGGUCUUCCUCUCGCUCUUUUGCCUGGCAGCUCCACCCUCGGACUCUCUCGCCUCUGGACACGUCCAAACCAUCGAAGUCUGCGCUCUCGAACCUUGUCUCCAAAACAUCCAACUUUGGCUCUCCCUCCCUCUAAUGAGCUCAUUUCUAAUCCUAUCCAACCAAGCGAGAACCUCAGCAUCUUCAUUUCUGCCACCUCUAGUUCUGCUUCCUGUCCUUUCUUCGGCGCCACCGUCUCUAAUCCGUAUAUCAUGGCCGGCCUCACCACUGUUUUAUAGACUUUGCCCUUCAUCCUAGCGGAGACUCUUCUGUCACAUAAGACACCAGACACCUUCCCCCAACUGUUCCAUCCCGCUUGGACCCGUUUCUUCACUUCCUUACC